AUGUCAGGUCGCAGGCCAUAUCGCCAAGUCAUCGACGGCGUGCCCAGGUGUCCAUUUCUGGAUCCUGAGACCUUUCGCAAAGGUCUUUUGUUUCGCGCAAACAAGGGUGACCUCAUACAAAGUACUUACGUGAAGAGCGGGACGCACUGGGUCCAGUACAUCACACAGCUCAUACUGAAGCAAGGCGAGCCCAUCACUACGUACCACGAGUUCACCAGCCACACGCGCUCCGUCGAGUACACGGACAUCGCCGACUGGAAGUCCGUUCUUCCCGUGAGGCUGUUCAUCACGCACCUGCGACUCAGUAGGGUCACCAUGAACGGGGAAGCCAAGUACGUCUAUGUGGCCCGGAACCCGUGGGAUGUUUGCGUCUCGCUCUUCCGAAUGGCGACGGACAUGAGCGUCUACAGAUUCCAGGACGGCACGUUUCAAGAGUUCUUUGAGCCGUUCCUUGAAGAGGACCUGGGCUACGGAAGCUACUUCGAUCACGUGGCUUCGGGGUACGCACUGAAGGACGAACCUAACGUGUUCUUCGUCACGUACGAAGAGCUCAAAAGGGACACCCGAAGUGUGAUACUGAGGCUGGCUCACUUCCUCGGCGACAGCUACGGCCGCGCCCUUGAAGAGGACGAAGAGAUGCUUCAAAAGAUCUUGAAAUGGUCCCAACCAGAACAUAUGAGAAAAGCCAUAGUUAUUGAUAUGUUGGUAAACCCCUCGUCCGAAUGGCAGGACGUGUUUGUACGCAAGAAUGUGACCAGCAAGCUGGGCUAUGAGGGAGACAACCGUAAGUAUAGUUUGGUCAGAGAAGCUCGGGUUGGAAGUUGGAGGGACUACUUCACGCCGAGCCAGCUAGCACGUUUCGAAAAGAAGAUACAGGCAGAAGGAGAGAAGGCGUCUUUCAUGCACUUGUGGAAAGACAUUCGAGAAGAAGCGAUCUCCCUAUCCUUGGCUUCCAAUGAGUAG